GCUUGCUUCCUGAUUUUGUAAUUGACAAAGCUGAGACGGUGAAACCUGGCUGUUGAAGGGUGCAAGGUGUGAACCUGCUCAAGCAGGUACAACUGGCAGGUGCUUGCAAAGAUGUCUAAAACUAACAAAUCGAAGUCUGGAUCCCGUUCCUCCCGUUCGAGGUCUGGAUCAAGAUCACGCUCACGUUCCUUCUCGAAAUCUCGCUCGCGUUCUCGUUCUGUCUCACGGUCGAGAAAACGCAGACUUAGUUCUAGGUCUCGUUCAAGAUCAUAUUCUCCAUCUCAUACCAGAGAAAGGAACCAUCCAAGGGUCUAUCAGAACCGGGAUUUCAGAGGUCAUAAUAGAGGAUACAGGAGACCGUAUUAUUUUCGUGGCCGAAAUAGAGGGUUUUAUCCAUGGGGCCAGUACAACCGAGGAGGAUAUGGGAAUUACAGGUCAAACUGGCAAAAUUAUCGCCAAGCAUAUAGCCCUCGUAGAGGGAGGUCACGCUCUCGUUCACCCAAGAGAAGGUCUCCUUCACCAAGAUCUAGAAGUCAUUCUAGAAAUUCUGAUAAGUCAUCUUCUGAUCGGUCAAGGAGGUCUUCCUCUUCCCGGUCUUCCUCAAAUAAUAGCCGAGUUGAGUCUUCCAAGCGUAAAUCUGGAAAGGAUAAAAAAUCAUCUUCCAAGGAUGCCCGGGCAUCUCAGGCUGCAGGAGAUAAUCAAGGUGAUGAGUCCAAGGAGCAGCCGUUUUCAGGAGCAGCAGCUCAAGACAUCAAGGCAUCAGAGGGAUCAAAACCAUGGCAAGAUGUGUCCACCUAUGGUACAGGCUCAGCAUCGAGAGCUUCAGCGUCUGAGCUUAGCCCGAGGGAGCGCAGCCCUGCACUAAAAAGCCCUCUCCAGUCGGUUGUGGUGAGGCGUCGCUCUCCUCGGCCGAGUCCAUUGCAAAAGUCGAGCCCACCGCUGUCCACCCCGUCGCAGAUGAGCUCGGCUUUGCAGAGCAGCAGCAGCACCUCCUUUCAGGCGGGCUCUCAUCAGAGUCCCUUUGACCAUGGCUCGGGAAGUUUGAGCCCAACAAGGAAGAGCCCUGUGUGCAAAAGCCCAACACCAGUCAGUUCCAUUUACAGUACAUCUCAGAAGGAGGAGACCACAGCUCCUGGAGGAGGAGCCUUUUCCAAAAGGUAUCUGGAAGAGCAGAAGACUGAGAAUGGGAAAGACAAAGAACAGAAAGUAACAAAUGUUGAAAAAGAAAAAAGUAAAGAAAAAGGGAAUUUCUCUGAGUUGGGAUCAACAGAUGGAAAGGCAAAAUCUGAUUCGUAUGCAUCCAAAGCCGACUCUGAGAAGGGAUACCGCGGCAGCCAGUCGCCCAAGCGCUACAAGUUCCGGGAUGAUUUUGACAAGCUAAAGGCCCCGGAGUUCCACAAGGAAGGUCAUUAUAGCAAAGAGGAAACAGAUGACCAGGAAAAGAAAGACAAGGCAAAGGGCCGAAAAGAUUCAGAUUUUGAUGAUGAGACCAAAUUUAUGUCUAAAGUCGUGGCAACUUCAAGUAAAAGUCAAGAAGAGGAUAGGGCAGGAAAAUGGGAAGGGGUGGUGUUCUUGCCACCUGGAAAAGAGAAGCAAAGGAAACCUGAGGAGAUGGAGGAGGAAAGCUAUUCUGAGAGAUCAAAAAAAGAAGAGAGACCAGCAUCCAAGAGAGCUGAACCGGGUCACAGGGGGUUUGUUCCUGAAAAGAAUUUUAAAGUGACCACUUACAAAUCAAGCCAGGAAAAGAGUUCUUCCCCCCCACCAAGGAAGACUUCUGAGGUAAAGGAGAAACCAGGCACCAAAGUAGAGGGCCUGGGUCCUGGCAAAUCCUCCUUUUCCAUUACUCGUGAGGCCCAGGUCAAUAUUCGAAUGGAUUCCUUUGAUGAAGAUCUUGCACGUCCAAGUGGCAUAUUGGCUCAGGAGCGCAAGCUGUGUCGUGAUCUUGUGCACAGCAACAAAAAAGAGCAAGAAUUUCGUUCAAUCUUCCAUCACAUUCAGUCUGCUCAGUCGCAGCGAAGUCCUUCUGAACUCUUUGCUCAACAUAUAGUGACUAUAGUCCAUCACGUAAGAGAGCAUCACUUUGGGUCUUCAGGAAUGACACUGAAUGAACGCUUUACCAAAUAUCUAAAGAAAGGAAUGGAGCAAGAUGCAGCUAAAAACAAAAAGAGCCCUGAAAUCCACAGGAGGAUAGAUAUAUCUCCCAGUACUUUUAGAAAACAUGGAUUCUCUCAAGAGGAAACGAAAAGUUCCAGAGAUCCUGGCUUCAAGGCUGAAGGGAAAUAUAAGGACGACCCUGUUGACCUGCGCCUUGAUAUUGAACGCCGUAAAAAACAUAAGGAAAGAGAUCUUAAACGCGAUAAAUCCAGAGAAUCGGUGGACUCAAGAGAUUCAAGUCACUCAAGGGAAAGAUCAACUGAGAAAACGGAGAAAAGUCACAAAGGCUCAAAGAAAAAGAAACACCGAAGGGCGCGUGAGAGAUCCAGGUCCAGCUCGUCAUCUUCGCGCUCCUCUCAUUCAGCCAAAGCCGAGGAGUAUCCCGAGGAGACUGAGGAGAGGGAGGAAAGCACCACAGGCUUUGACAAGUCCCGGCUUGGGACUAAAGAAUUCACUGGUCCAAAUGAGAGAGGAAGAGCUAGAGGGACCUUUCAGUUCAGAGCAAGAGGGAGAGGAUGGGGCAGAGGCAACUUUUCAGGCAACAAUAACAGCAACAGCGGUGGCAACAACGACUUCCAGAAGCGAACCAGAGAUGAGGAGUGGGAUCCAGAGUACACCCCUAAGAGCAAGAAGUACUACUUGCACGAUGACCGGGAGGGCGAAGGUGCGGACAAGUGGGUGAACAGAGGCCGUGGUCGCGGUGCUUUCCCCCGAGGAAGAGGUCGCUUCAUGUUCCGAAAGUCCAGCACCAGCCCCAAGUGGGCUCACGACAAAUUCAGUGGAGAAGAAGGAGAGAUUGAAGAUGACGAAAGCGGAACAGAAAACAGAGAGGAGAAGGACACCCUACAGACGACGGCCGAGUAG